AUGACCAAGGGGGACAUGAGAGAGCACUUGGUAGCAAAUGUGAUGAGAGCUUCCGCAUCUCGCUGUUUGACCUCACCUAAGGCGGCCUCUUCGUUACCCCAGGAGCUGCUGGACUCGGGCUUCGAGCUCGCUGAGGAGGCAAGGCCUCAACUAGGGGAAGGUAGUUUCGCCAGAGUGUCCCUAGUAGUACGAAAGGACAAGUUCUAUGCCUUGAAAACGGUCACCAAGGGUCCACUUGAGGCUAGGAAUAUGGCCGAGCAUGUGAGAGCAUCAAUGAAACGUGAAGUUAGUCUCCAUUCCCGGAUGUGCACUCACCCCAACAUCGUAGCUCUCCACGACUAUUUCGAAGAUUCCAGGCGAAUUUACAUGCUGCUCGAAUGGUGUCCUUUUGGAUCACUCUCGGGUGCUCUGGCCACCUUGGCUGUCGAUUCUGCUGUUAAGACGUUACCCCUGAGUAUCACGGCGCGGUCAUUGCUGAGGUAUUUACACGAUAAUGGUGUGAUCCAUCGGGAUAUCAAACCGGACAAUAUCCUCAUAUCAAAUCUAACACCAGGGGACAUACAAAUUCGACUUACCGACUUCGGUUGGAGUUGUCUCGAGAACGAUACCACUCAGAUUUACUCGAAGUGUGGUACGCCAGGUUUUGCCGCUCCAGAGGUCUUUGCCGGGCGGCAGCAGACCCCCGCUAGUGACAUAUGGAGCAUAGGAGCUGUGCCAUACUUCCCUCUCAGAAAGGUGUGCUCUAUUCUAUAUCUUCUUGGCGUGUGGGAGCAUAAACUCGAGGACCCCAAAUGGAAAAAUACAAUAGUUGGCAAGCGUAAGACUUAUCACGACACAGUGGACAGGAUGAGACCGUUGGUGACACUCCUAGAGCACGAUGAGAAGCUUGCCCAAGGGGAGGAACGGCGGGUUCCUGAGGCUGUCGUGGACGUCCUCAAGGGGGUCUUUAAGGAGAUAGUGAAGAGAGAGUAUGUCGAGGCUAAUAAACUGUAUCUGGACAUGACCGUGGGGAAUCAGCUGUGGCCCAUGGGUGGUAUCAAUUUGGGUGUGGUGCAACAAGUGUGCCGAAGAGUGGAGGAGAAGUCGCAUCUGUUGGAUGAUAUUGAAGUAAAGCGAUACACACAGGGCGUGAAGAGGCUCAUUACAGUGGCCAUGACGAUGGCCUGGAUAUGCUUCCAGUUCAUCCGUGUUGAUGUCAUUCUGAUGCAGCCGUCGACUGUGAUCCCCCACACAGCGGAGAUGGUCCUUAAGCCUAGUCAACUGGCCUUCAAGAUUGUCCAGGCCGUGGCUAUGGGCAAGCAAGAGCUGCUUAGAGAGGAUCUAUGCAAAGCUAUUACAGAACAGGUGGGAUGA